AUGGCUUACCCACUGAUCGCGUUGUUGGUGGCUUCGCUGGCCGUUCAGGCAUCCGCGUCUGCACAGCAAGCCCAGGAUGGCUGCAUCACGAACUUCGAUCCCACUGUGAACUAUUUUCCGGACCAGUACCAGGACGAGCCGUUCGCUCUGCCGAUCAGCCAGACUAUCGUGGAGAAAGCGAAUGACUUUACUGUGCAGUACGGUAACUAUUACAAGGUCGUUAAGAACAGCUACGAUGAUACCACCUACGUCCUCUAUCAGUGUGGAGCUGCCAAGCCCACGAACUUCCCUGCUGCGACCACCCGGUUCUUUGAGAUCCCCCUGAAGGGUUUCUCCGUCGACUCUUCAGUUGCAGUUAGCUUCGUCCAGAUGCUGGGCGUGACCAGCCUUCUCAACGAGACGAGCAGCUACUCUGUAGCUCCAUGCGUUCAGAAGCUCGUGGCUGACGGUGCCAUGAAGGUUUUCAAUGAGAGCGACGGUCUUUUCCCUGGUGCGGUUUUCACCGGAAUGAACACCAUGAAGCCAUUUCCCAAGAACUAUGUCUCGCUGGACACGUCGACCGACCCUGGGCCACUCAAGCGCGCGGAAUGGAUCAAGUACAUGGCUCUGUGGUUCAAUGCUGAGUCGCGCGCGUCGGAAGUCUACUCUGACAUUGAGACAUCGUACAACUGCUUGAAGGCAUCUGCUCCCAAAACAACCACGCCAAUGGUUGGCUGGCUGAGCUAUUUCAUGGGUUCGUGGACCGUCUCCGGUGCUGCGUACAAGCUUCAGUAUGUUGCGGACGCUGGUGGUGUGAGCCCCGCCAAGGCAUUUUUGAGGACCUACAACAUGUCUCUUCCAUCUGAUAAGAAGGCUUUCCAGUCACUGCUAACGACUCUUGACAUCGUCAUUGACGAGACCUACCUUAUGACUGGCCCGUCAGGCUACAGCAUUGAUGCUUUUGCCCUGAAUGCUGGCAUCUCUGUGACUGAUACCGCCACCUACAAGUUCCUUGUCACUCCCAAUGUCUGGAGCAUGUAUGGCCGCGCCACUGGAGCCCCCAACUACGCCACUGACUGGUACGAGAGCGCCAUUGCUCAGCCCCAGGUGGUCCUUGCUGAGCUGAUAUCGAUCAUGCAUCCUGGCGACGUGACCGUUCCCGAGAAGUACUAUUUCUACAAUGUUGCCCAGUUGGAGACGGGUGCUGUGGUCUCUGCAGCCAACUGCACAACCCUGGACCCCACGGAGGUGGUUAACCCCAUCAUCCCUGCCUGCUCAGCUACCAUUACUCCUGAGGUUCCAGGAAUGGCAUCCCCUCCUGCUACCCCUCCCAGCUCAUCCCCUCCCAUCUCACCUCCUCCAAGCCCCACUCCCAGCUCGCCCCCACCUGCCCCCAAGGCUGCUGCAUCCUCUGGCUCCCUGCUUGGCGCUGGUCUAGCUGCCCUUCUUGCAGCUACUAUUGCAGCAUUGGUCUAG